CCCUUCCCCGCCUCCCGGCCGCUGUGCUGUGGGCCUCUACAGCCGACAUGGGCGCCGCCGCGUGGGCACCGCCACACCUGCUGCUGCGGGCAUCUUUCCUGCUUCUGCUACUGUUGCUACCGCUGCGGCUCCCGGGCCAGUCGGCGGGCUCCUGGGACCUAGCUGGUUACCUACUCUACUGUCCCUGCAUGGGGCGCUUUGGGAACCAGGCUGAUCACUUCUUGGGCUCCCUGGCGUUUGCAAAGCUGCUGAACCGCACCUUGGCUGUACCUCCGUGGAUUGAGUAUCAGCAUCACAAGCCCCCUUUCACCAACCUCCAUGUGUCCUAUCAGAAGUACUUCAAGCUGGAGCCUCUCCAAGCCUACCACCGGGUGGUCAGCCUGGAGGACUUCAUGGAAAAGCUGGCCCCCACCCACUGGCCCCCUGAGAAGCGGGUAGCAUACUGCUUUGAGGUGGCAGCCCAGCGAAGUCCUGAUAAGAAGACGUGUCCAAUGAAGGAAGGAAAUCCCUUCGGGCCAUUCUGGGACCAGUUCCACGUGAGUUUCAAUAGGUCGGAGCUGUUCACAGGCAUUUCCUUCGGUGCCUCCUACAAAGAACAAUGGAUCCAGAGAUUUCCUCCAAAGGAACAUCCAGUGCUUGCACUGCCAGGGGCCCCAGCCCAGUUCCCUGUCCUGGAGGAGCACAGGGAACUCCAGAAGUACAUGGUGUGGUCAGAUGAGAUGGUGAGCACAGGAGAGGCUCAGAUCAGCACCCACCUCAUCCGGCCCUAUGUGGGCAUUCAUCUGCGCAUUGGCUCCGACUGGAAGAAUGCCUGUGCCAUGCUGAAGGACGGGACUGCAGGGUCAUACUUCAUGGCUUCCCCUCAGUGUGUGGGCUACAGCCGCAGCACAGCGACCCCCCUCACCAUGACCAUGUGCCUCCCCGACCUAAAGGAAAUCCAGAGGGCUGUGAAGCUUUGGGUGAGGACGCUGAAUGCCAAGUCGGUCUACAUCGCUACAGACUCUGAGAACUAUGUGCCAGAGAUCCAGCAGCUCUUCAGAGAGAAGGUGAAGGUGGUGAGCCUGAAGCCUGAAGUGGCCCAGAUUGACCUGUACAUCCUUGGCCAGGCUGACCACUUCAUUGGAAACUGUGUCUCCUCGUUCACUGCCUUCGUGAAGCGCGAGCGGGACCUCCAUGGAAGGCAGUCAUCUUUUUUUGGCAUGGAUAGACCCUCUCAGCUUCGGGAUGAAUUUUGAUCCUAUCUGGAGCCCCCCAGCCAGGCUUGGCAGCUAAGGCUGCUCCUAGGACUGCAAGCUCCUUUUCUUCCCUGCCAGGGUGGAGAACAGUACCGACUUCUAGGACUUCCUCAAGAGAAGGCAUUCCGUCCCAGGUGUGGCGCCUGUGCUCCACAG